CGUCAAAAGUAUCAGUGCUUUGUCGAGCUCACCGGGGACAAAUAUAGCGGCCUCUUUCAUGGCCACAAUCAACAAAUACGUCGUCUACAUUGUAUGCUUAUUUAUUGGACGCUUAUUUUUAGCCUACAUUGCCAUGAUUGGGUUCCGCAUCAGCAGCUUACGUAUCUCAGCAAACGUACGUUUUCACUACCUCCAAGAACUCUUUCGACUACCGGUCUCCACCUUGGAUACCCUUCCUCCGGGACAAACAACUGCCAUCAUUACCGUCACCGCAAAUAUCCUUCAAAUGGGGAUUUCCGAACGUCUCUCGUCACUGAUUCAAGCUAUAUCAGUAAUAUCGAUUGCCGUGAUCAUCGGGUGUUGCUUUAGCUGGGAGUUGACAAUGGCGACUUCAAGUGGUCUGUUGGCGAUUGCUUUCUGGUAUUCAAUUAUGACACCUUUAUCGGCGAGGAGAUAUGCCGGUGCUCAGAAGCUUGAGCGAGAAGCAGCAGGAUUCGCGGCCGAUGCGCUGUCAAGCCUGAAGAUGAUAGCAGCUUGUGGAUCAGAGAACAAGAUUUCUAAGCGCUACGGCAAACUAGUAGACGAGAUAAGCAUCAUCAGUCGAGGGUUAUCGCUGAUCUCCGCAUUACAACACUCCCCUGUCUUCUUCACGAUAUAUGCGACUUUCGCCCUCUGCUUCUGGUUCGCAGCAGACCUCUAUCUUGAUUCGAAGUUUGCCAACGUGGAAACUUUGGUAGUGGUGCUGAUGUCCAUCAUGACAAUGCUCGCUCAUAUAUCCGCCAUCUCGGUUCCACUGGCAUCUGCCGCCCAUGCCAUUACCGCUGCAAAGGUUUUCUUCACGAUCAUCGAUGCCCCUAAGCCUAUAUCCACGGGCGUCCGUGGGGAUGUUGUCGAGACGGGAGCCGAUAUUGUAAUGCAGAACAUCAACUUCGCAUAUCCAACACGUCACGAUGUCAAGGUACUGGACGGACUUACCUUGUGCAUACGUGCAGGGAAGAAGACUGCGAUUGUGGGGCCUAGUGGGUCCGGUAAAAGCACAACAGUGGCACUCAUCCAACGCUGGUAUGAGCUGGGCGAAGCCGAUCCUAUUGCCAGCUACCUGCGUAACGGUCUUAUAAAAAUAGGCAACACAGAGCUGAAGAACAUUGACCUUAAGUGGUGGCGCGCUCAGAUAGGUAUCGUGCAACAAGAGCCCUUCCUCUUUGACGACACUAUCUUCAAUAACGUCGCCUUUGGGCUGACAGGGACGAAAUGGGAGUCUUCGUCUCGGAAAUUGAGGGAGCAACUGGUCAUACAAGCUUGCAAAGAGGCUUACGCUCACGACUUCAUUUGUCUGUUGCCAGAGGGGUACCACACACCUAUGGGCGAUAGAGGUCUGCACUUCAGUGGCGGCCAGAGACAAAGAAUAGCCAUCGCCAGGGCUAUAGUUCGGCAGCCUAAGAUCCUGAUCUUCGAUGAGGCUACUAGCGCCCUCGAUGUAACGAGCGAGCGAAUCGUGCAAGCUGCUCUUGAUCGGAUUGCAAAAUCUCGCACAACUAUCAUAGUUGCUCACCGGUUGGCUACCAUCUCAGAUGCCGAUUGUAUUAUCGUCAUGAAGAAAGGAAAAAUGGUUCAACAAGGGACCCAUAAUGAAUUGGUCCGGAUCAAGAACGGCGCGUAUUGGAGUCUCGUCCGUUCUCAACAGCUGGCGACUCAUUUCGUGGAUGCACGAAAUCAGAACCGCCAUGAUGCCAACAUUGAGCACAUUCCAAGGCGUCGAAGCGUAAUAGUGGAGAAGGAGAGCUAUGAGACGCUCGUAGAAUCUGAGACCACUAUUGCUGCAUCAGUUUCGAGCGCUGUGGCGACAGCAUCUCAUACUUUCGGUCUAUGGGAAGGCUUUCGGGUGUUGAUGACAGAACAGAAAAGGAACUGGUGGCGAUACCUCGUUAUGGUCAUUGCUGCCAUGUUCGCUGCAGCCAGUACUCCAUUGCAGGCAUAUCUCUUUGGACGCCUCAUAUCUUCUUUCGCUUAUUGGUCAGAAGCUCUUCGAGCAUCGGUCAGUUUCUUGUGUCUGAUGCUAAUUGCUGUUGCGGUUGGCGUUGGCCUCAGCUACUUUACUCUUGGCUGGGUAUCAAACGAGGUAUCAACUUAUACUGUGAAUCUUUAUCGCAAAGAGUACUUUGGGAACAUGAUCACCAAAAGGCUGUCCUAUUUCGAUGACGUCAACAACUCGGUUGGUCUCCUAAAUGCGCGGCUAGCUGCAGACCCGGUGCAGCUACAACAGCUCCUGGGAAUGAACAUGGCCAUGGUACUCAUUUCCAUAUUUGGUCUCCUCGGUUGUAUCAUUCUCGCCGAGAUAUUCAACUGGAAAUUUGCGCUCGUGGUCAUUGCGCCAUCGCUGCCGAUUAUUUUGGCGGGUGGAUGGUAUCGCGUGCGUCACGAGGUCCGCUUCGAAGCUACGAACAACGCAGUUUUUUCAGAAAGCGCCAGAUUUGCUACAGAAGCUAUCGGCGCUAUUCGAACAGUCGCAAGUUUAACACUGGAGCAGACGAUCUGCGAAAAAUAUGACAGCUUACUCAAGAGUCACAUAGCUAAGGCUCAGGCAAAGGCUAGAUUUGCUUGCCUCGUCUUCGCUGCGAGUGAUAGUCUUAUACUUCUAUGUAUGGCAUUUGCACUAUGGUACGGUGGAAGACUUCUCGCAGGCUCUGAACUUCAGCCUUUCACCUUCCUCGUAGUGUAUCUUGCAAUCAUUCAAGGGACGCUAUCCGCUGGACAGUGGCUCAGUUUCGGUCCAAAUUUCGCCCAGGUUUCCGCAGCCGCAAACCGUAUAUAUGGCAUGCGAUAUCGGGAACCGGAGACGGAGGUCACUCCUUUCAUGCACCUCAAGGGGUUUUCUCGCUGGAGACUACCUUCACAGCUUCUUUGGAAAGGAGCGGACAUCAAGUUUCACAACGUUUGGUUCACAUAUCCGACGCGUGAUGUCGCCGUUCUGCAAGGCCUCGACUUACACAUUAGACAUGGCCAGUAUGCAGCCAUUGUCGGAGCCAGCGGCUCUGGGAAGACUACCGUCAUAUCCUUAUUGGAACGUUUCUAUGAGCCUAUCACAGGCGAGAUCACGUACAAUGGGGACCCGAUCACGUCAAUGUCUCUCAGUGAAUUGAGAGGCCAUAUGAGCUUGGUUGCACAGGAAUCAUACUUGUUACAUGGGACGAUACGCGAGAACAUUAUGCUCGGAAUUACGGACAACGACCUAGAUGACACGACGCUUCACCAGGCCUGUCGAGAAUCCGGAAUUCAUGACUUUGUGGUUUCACUCCCGGAUGGUUACGAUACCAACAUUGGGACAGCUGGUGUCCUACUAUCAGGCGGGCAAAAGCAACGAAUCUCGAUUGCACGCGCUCUCAUUCGCAAUCCCGACCUUCUACUUCUCGACGAGGCGACCAGCAAUCUCGACUCCGAGACAGAGACUGAAAUCCAGAAAACCCUGGAACAGGCCGGAAAGGGUCGGACGACUAUCGUGGUGGCUCAUCGUCUAGCUACAAUACAAAAGGCGGAUGUAAUAUUCGUUAUGCAUCAAGGCCGCGUGGUGGAAAGCGGGGAUCAUCGCAGUCUACUUGAACGCAAGGGAACGUAUUGGCAGAUGUGCCAAGCCCAAGAUCUUGGGUAGCAAUGGGCUGAGCAAUAAACACAGAUAUACAACAUCCGCUAUACAACACUGUAAUCAAAGCUGUAUAUUUUCUCACCAUGCAAUAUCUCUCUCAUCGGAUACGGAAGGAGUCUAACCUUCUGAAUUUGAUCCUGUAAGGUUCAGUAUUGUGACUGUGUAGUGGCACGUGGAAUGUCCGAUCCCUUGCGCCAUCAUAAUCUCCUCGGUCUUGAAAAGAAU